AUGAAGGUCAGCGACAAACACAGGUAGAAAGGACAGAAGAAGAAUAGAGGGAGAAGAAUCCAAGUGUUUUUAAUGUGUUGUUGCCAUGGUCUAACCACUGCUCCGUGACAAAACGCCUGGAUGUGAAAAAGUAUUCACCUGUUGUCACCACCAACUCUCCACUCUUCUGUGUCCCUGAGUCCGAUGGCAAAGCGUGACCCGAACGAACCCCCUCCUCCUUACUACCCAAUUACUGUGCACACGUUGCCCCCCCUCAAGCCCUACGAUGAGGUAGUAUAUGGGGUGGGCCCAGGCCUGACACCCCCCACCCAGCCACAUUACAUCCCCCAGUACACGCCAACUGUGAUUGUUCCACAAGUCACACACUCAGGUAUACCCCCCAGCCAUAAGAGGAAGAGAUGCUGUGAGAAUAAUGCCCAGUGUUACGGAGGGUCAGGGGGAGUUUUCCUGGUCCUCGCUCUGCUGGCCCUGGCCAUCUGGCUUGGAGUCCGUUACGGCACCAGGCUGGCGACAGCGGCGAUCCUGUACGAUAAAGACGAUUAUUACGAAGAUGCAUCUUUACCCAAGUAUGACACCUGCCCCAACAAUACUGUCAAUUGUGAUGGAAAGAAAGACUGUAAGCUGGGUAGCGACGAAACAAAGUGUGUGAGAUUUGGUGAGGAAAACGUUCUGCAGGUCAAGACAUCUGAAGAUGGCCGCUUCCUACCAGUGUGCUUCAGUGGUUGGGACAGCAGCUACGCUCAACAGACCUGUGGUCAGCUAGGUUUCAGAAAGCACUUUGUCACCAAAGCAAUCAAAUCUCAGGAGUCUAUUGGUUUAGAAUUGACCCAAAGAGCACCAUUGCCUAUCCAGAGUCUGGUGAAAGUCAGUUCUUCCUGUCCAAACCAGGACAUUGUUUCCCUUCAGUGUGUGGACUGUGGUAAGCAGCAGUCUACAUCCCGGAUCAUUGGGGGCAGUUUAGCCAAGACAGGUCAGUGGCCUUGGCAGUUGUCGCUCCACUUCAGACAAUCCCACGUCUGCGGCGCAGUCCUGAUCUCCCCUGAUUUUUUGCUGACCGCUGCCCACUGCUUCCCGAGAGGCAACUCUUUGACUCUCGUAGCGGAGAACUGGAAAGUGUAUGCUGGAGCGGUGUCUCUGAAAAGUCUGCCUAAGCCUUAUCUGGUGAAGAGGAUCCUGCUCAACGAGAACUACAACAACAAGACUAAUGACUUAGAUGUUGCUCUGAUCAAACUUAAAUCUCCAGUUCAUUUCGACGAUAAAGUUCAACCAGUUUGUUUGCCAACAGUUGGCCAGAAAAUUUCCCAAGGAACGAAAUGCUGGACCUCUGGCUUUGGCACCACUGUAGCAGGUUCAGGCGAGGUCUCCAAUGAUCUGAUGGAAGUGACUGUGGACAUCAUUGAUAGACAAGUGUGUAACGGCCCCCGGGUGUAUGGAGGCAGUGUGAGUAGAAACAUGCUCUGUGCUGGUGACCUGAACGGAGGCAAGGAUUCCUGUCAGGGUGACAGUGGUGGACCUCUGGUGUGUCAGUCAGGCGACCGUUGGUACUUGACAGGGAUCACGAGUUGGGGGUCUGGCUGUGGAGAGAAAAACAAGCCCGGUGUUUAUACCAACGUCAGAAGUGUUCUGCCCUGGAUCUAUAGCAAGAUGCAGCAAGAGGCGCCAUGAUGUCCCUAUGUCUCCUGCGGGUGGUCUAAUAACCUCCCCUUCACCGAUGAACCAUGCACUAUGAAGCCGUCUCAGGGAGAUGGAUGGACUAACUUACAGAUAAAUUAAAGGGCAUGAAGAGGGCACACCUCCACCUUAAAUUCCAUCAUAACGCCGCAAAUUGCACCCAUAGAAAUCAGUCCACUAAAUCUAUUUUUGCAUCGAGAUCAAUGACUUAUUCCCUGAAUAAUUUAUAAAAACUGUAAGACAAAUGCCCUCGCAAUGUUGUACAAAGUGGGGAAAAAUAUCCAGAAUUUCACCCCUUUCUCUGCAAAAUGUAAUGGGUUCUUUCUUGGCCUGUGUCCCUUCCUUACAAGUGUAAUGCAAAACAAUGGAUUGGGGCGAAAAGGUAGCUAGCCUCCUUGGCGGGGAGGAAAUUAAUUGAUAAGAAGGCACACAGAUGAAGGGGUCGGGGAGAAGUAGCAUCGCAAAAAAGCACAAGCUCAACACAAGCUCAAUCAAUCUUUCUCUAUUUUCUUUACUCAAAUCUGUCCUGUAUACUACCUGACCAAUCAAUUCACACCAUAAUCCAUGCAAUGACACCAGUCUUAAUUCUUUUCCUUCUGUCGCUCAGGGUCUACAUCAUACAGUAUAUAUUUACCUACAGUACGUGUUCAGUGGAACUUAAGGAUGGCUGUACCUUCUGUCAUGUAUUCUGUGCCUAUGAAACAGUCCACGGUACUGUGAUCUCUAUAACUCGUUUGAUAAUGAUACGCUCUAAAAAAAAUGAUUGAUGAUUGUAGAGGUGUGUUCUUCCCCCUCAGGGACACAGCUCCUGUCUUUUACAUGUUAAUCGUUGUUUACCAUACUAAAAUAAAAACUGACACUUUAUGUAUUCACUUGAAAAGAAAGAAAGCAGUGUGACCCUUGACCCCACUUUUAAUGAGCUGGCACUCACACUGUGAAUAUUUUUUUUUUCCGAAUUGACAUUCCUUUUAUGUUGUAUGUCAGUGUGUGUGGGUCAGUGUGUGUGUGUGAGGGUGUUCUCUGUAUCGAAUUUAUGUAGAGUUGCCACGUUGUCUAACAAUAAUGUUUGUCUAAUGAAUGGGAUCAAUGAGUUUUUAACACUGAGCAUAAAAUAACUAAUAAAGAUUAAGGAAAAUCUU